GUAGCAGCGGCAGCAGUCGACCGACAGAGGAACAGCAGCGUCUGUGCCGAGGAUCUGGAGGUUUUUCUUCAGGGGGGACAGCAGGUGACACAGCGAGCCGAGCGAGCCUGCGCCUCCGCACCGGUGGUGGAGACGUUUCACCUCCUUCUUCCCUCCAGCGACAUCCCUCCGAUUACCACAAUACAUGCAUUUCGAUACUACCUGCCUCUGAUUGUCUGAGUCAAGAUGGAAAAUGCGCACACAAAAUCGGCGACCGAAGUUUUAGACAACUUCGGCGUGAACGAGAACACUGGGCUGACUCUGGAGCAGGUCAAAGUCAGCGUGGAGAGAUAUGGACCGAACGAGCUCCCGGCUGAAGAAGGCAAGUCCCUGUGGGAGCUGGUGGCCGAGCAGUUUGAAGACCUCCUGGUCAGGAUCCUGCUGCUCGCCGCCUGCGUUUCCUUCGUACUGGCUCUGUUUGAGGAGGGAGAGGAGACGACCACCGCCUUCGUCGAGCCUAUCGUUAUCCUGCUCAUCCUCAUUGCCAACGCAGUUAUCGGGGUCUGGCAGGAGCGCAAUGCUGAGAGCGCCAUCGAAGCCCUGAAAGAGUACGAGCCAGAGAUGGGCAAGGUGUACCGCAUGAACCGCAAGGCUGUCCAGAGGAUCAAAGCCCGAGAACUCGUCCCAGGAGACAUAGUGGAGGUGGCAGUUGGUGACAAGGUGCCUGCUGACAUCAGAGUGACCUCUAUAAAGUCCACCACCCUGCGAGUGGACCAGUCCAUCCUCACAGGGGAGUCUGUGUCCAUCAUCAAACACACUGACCCUGUUCCUGACCCCAGAGCUGUCAACCAGGACAAGAAAAACAUGCUGUUUUCUGGCACCAACAUCGCUGCAGGCCGGGCCGUAGGGGUCGUCAUUGCCACCGGCGUGACCACAGAGAUCGGCAAAAUCCGUAACCAGAUGGCGGCGACGGAGCAAGAGAAGACCCCUCUGCAGCAGAAGCUGGACGAGUUCGGACAGCAGCUCUCCAAGGUCAUCUCCCUGAUCUGCGUCGCCGUGUGGGUGAUCAACAUCGGCCACUUCGGAGACCCCGUCCACGGCGGCUCCUGGGUCAGAGGAGCCAUCUACUAUUUUAAAAUCGCCGUGGCACUGGCGGUGGCCGCCAUCCCAGAGGGCCUGCCAGCUGUUAUCACCACCUGCCUCGCCCUCGGCACGCGUCGCAUGGCCAAGAAGAACGCCAUCGUUCGCAGCCUCCCCUCUGUGGAGACCCUGGGCUGCACCUCUGUUAUCUGCUCUGACAAGACGGGCACCCUCACCACCAACCAGAUGUCUGUUUCCAAAAUGUUCGUCGUUGACAAGGUGGAAGAUUUAAACUGCACCCUUCAUGAGUUCUCUAUAACUGGUUCUACAUAUGCCCCUGAGGGACAAAUACUGAAAGGAGACCGGCCUGUCCAAUGUGGAGACUAUGAUGGACUUUUGGAGUUGGCCACCGUUUGCUCCAUGUGCAAUGACUCUUCACUGGACUUCAAUGAGGUCAAAGGUGUUUAUGAGAAGGUGGGUGAAGCAACAGAGACGGCUCUCACCACCCUGGUGGAGAAGAUGAACGUCUUCAAGACCGACGUCUCCGGUCUGAGCAAGGUGGAACGUGCAGGGGCCUGCAACUCGGUGAUCAAACAGCUGAUGAAGAAGGAGUUCACCCUGGAGUUCUCCCGUGACCGCAAGUCCAUGUCAGUCUACUGCACGCCAGUCAAGCAGGGCUCCCAGAGCAAGAUGUUCAUCAAGGGUGCUCCAGAGAGUGUGAUCGAGCGGUGUAAGUACCUACGAGUGGGGACGGGAAAGGUUGCGCUGACACAAACCCUGCGGGAGCAGCUAUUGUCUAGGAUCAGGGACUGGGGGACAGGCAGGGACACCCUGCGCUGCCUGGCUCUGGCCACUCAUGACACCCCACCACGCAAAGAGAGCAUGGACUUGGAGAAUUCCAACAAGUUUGCAGAGUAUGAGUUGGGUCUCACGUUUGUUGGCUGCGUUGGCAUGCUGGACCCGCCCAGGAAGGAGGUGGUCGGCGCGAUUAAACUGUGCAACGAGGCCGGCAUUCGCGUCAUCAUGAUCACGGGAGACAACAAGGGCACAGCCGUGGCCAUCUGCAGGCGAAUCGGCAUCUUCGGGGAGGAGGAGGACGUGACGGGAAAGGCCUACACGGGCCGUGAGUUCGACGAUCUUGCACCGGACGAGCAGAGAGAAGCCGUGAAAAGGGCGCGCUGCUUCGCCCGCGUCGAGCCGGCUCAUAAGUCUAAGAUCGUUGGAUUCCUGCAGUCAUUCGAUGAGAUUACCGCCAUGACAGGAGAUGGAGUGAACGAUGCCCCGGCCCUGAAGAAAGCAGAGAUCGGCAUCGCCAUGGGCUCGGGAACCGCGGUAGCCAAGUCGGCGUCCGAGAUGGUGCUGUCUGACGAUAACUUCUCCACCAUCGUGGCUGCCGUGGAGGAGGGCAGAGCCAUCUACAACAACAUGAAGCAGUUCAUCAGAUACCUCAUCUCCUCUAACGUGGGGGAGGUCGUCUGCAUCUUCCUGACCGCCAUCCUGGGUCUCCCCGAAGCUUUGAUUCCAGUGCAGCUGCUGUGGGUUAAUCUGGUGACCGACGGCCUGCCCGCCACCGCCCUGGGCUUCAACCCUCCAGACCUGGACAUCAUGGACAAACCACCCCGCAACCCAAAGGAGCCUCUCAUCUCUGGCUGGCUCUUCUUCAGAUACCUGGCUAUUGGAGGAUAUGUGGGUCUUGGAACGGUGGGCGCUGCCACAUGGUGGUACCUGUACGAUGAAGACGGCCCAGAAGUAACUUUCUAUCAGCUGAGACAUUUCAUGCAGUGUACUGAGGACAACCCCUUGUUCAAAGGAAUAGACUGCGAGGUGUUUGAAUCCCGCUACCCCACAACGAUGGCCCUGUCUGUGCUGGUCACUAUUGAAAUGUUCAACUCACUCAACAGUUUGUCUGAGAACCAGUCUCUGAUCAGGAUGCCUCCCUGGGUCAACAUUUGGCUGCUGGGAGCCAUCAUCCUCUCCCUCUCCCUCCACUUCCUAAUCCUCUAUGUGGAGCCUCUGCCGUUGAUCUUCCAGGUGACCCCCCUGCACUGGCACCAGUGGAUCGUGGUCUUGAAGAUUUCCAUUCCGGUCAUUCUCCUUGAUGAGGUGCUGAAAUAUGUCUCCAGGAACCAUCUAGAAGCCUAACUUCUUUAAAACUCACCUUCUGUGAAAAGUUGAUGAUGACAAGAAAUAUCGGAGGAGAUGGAAGCAGAACUAAGACCUCUCCCUCAACACACUCACUCAGUUAGACACACGCUCCCCCUCUUCCCUUUAUGAGCUAGGAAAUCUCUCCUCUCCCAAUGUCCUCGAUCCCCCCCCCCGACUCCUGCAUGUCCCUCAGACCACCACUAGAGAUGAGCAGGGUCUGCAUGAGUGCAAGAAAAAGCGAGCGUGUGUUCCUGCGAGCAUGGCUUUGUACAACUGUGUGAGAAGUUGAAUAGUGUGUGUGUGUGUGUGAACAGGCAGAUGCAGGUCUGUCUUUAGCUGUGAGAUUGAGAAACAACUGCAAAAAAAGGGGGAAAAAUUAGAUAAAGUGCCCAGGGCUCUUUUGCUUUUAAAGUUUUCUGCUCAUUGUUAUUUCUUUUUUGACUGUACAGUUAAAAACAUAGUGGUGCAGGAACUGGACUUUGGGGAGGGAUGGAGACGGAGGACAGGGGGAUGAUUUUAUUAAUAGUAGGUCGGAGGGGAGUGGGUUUGAAAUCAGCACAGCGACUGAAAGAGAGAUGGAGAGGUGAGGCCCGCUGUGGAGAAGAGACCGGUGUACGCACUGGCAAGAGAAGAACAUCGGCAAGAAUGUUAGAUCAGUGAAGAGAGCCGUCAUACGUGUGUGUGUGUCCAUAGGAGUGUUGUAUUUCAUGGUACCCCCCCCUCCCAGCCUCCGGCCACCCACACCACUGCGGUGGAUUUCCAGCUGUGCAGGAGCAGGGCAUCAUCAGCACAACACAAUCGUAUUUUUGGCCUAAUCUGCUCCAGCUCUGCUCCUUCAACUCCCUUUACUCUCAUCGCAUAAGAACUCCCGUUGAUUGUAUUUCAUGCAGACUUGCUCUCCUUUUUGUCGUCUUGCUCUCUCGCUUUAUCGCUCUCUGUCGAGGUGGCAGCUGUGGGCCCGCCCCCUCUCCCGGGAGUCAUGACGUUAACCUGGCUCUCGAGCCGGUGUGUGGAGGUGUCGACCCCCCAAUCACCCACCACCACCACCUAAAGGUGUGAAUAGCUUUAGGCUUCCUCCGGCUCUUUCUUUUCGAGGGGUUGAGGUCAGCUCACACAACAAACCAACACAAAAACAUAAGGAAAAUUAAAAAAAAAAAAAAAAUGUUAGUAGUGGAGUUGUCAGCCUCACUUGACAUCCAUCUGCUGGGCUGUCAGACAUCUAAAGGUGGACCUGAGCAUUUCGUACAGAACACCUUACAGUACAAUACCAUGUACCGUUCAUUUCAAGUUAGCUAUUUUGAAUCCUGCAGCAGUGCUAAGACGUUUGUGUGUAUGAGUGUGUGUGUGUGUGUGUGCAAGCCUUACUUGAAUUGAUUUGACUCGACAGGAUUUUCAGUCACGGUAGAUGUAGAUAAAGUAAGUUUAGAAAAAUGACAACUGCUUGAUUGUCUCGCUUAUGUACUCGACACAUCCAACAUCCAUGCCUUAUACAGCUCACUGCACCUCCACAUUGAAUAUGUGGUCCAAAUGAAUGUGUUCCUGCUAUCGCCUUUAAUUACCUUUUGUCCUGCCGCCACUCCUGACAGUGAUAUCAGACUCUGAAUGUCCUCCUGCUUUGUGCUUUGUGCGCUGCUCCCUCCACUCCUCCUGCUUUUUCAGUGCUUUAGCGCUCCUUCACUUGGGUAUCGUUUUGUAAUUAAUAAAUAAUAAUGUAUUUGACUGAAUGAACCCACGGUGGUGUGGAUUGUGUCUCAAAGUCUUAAUUAAGGGUCUUGUGUUGGGCCCUGGCGGUCUGUGGACUGGGUCGGGGGGGCUUCUUGGUCUUACUUCUCCUCCGCACAGGAGAGGAGAGUGUGUGGACAUUUAAAAAAAAAAAAAAAAAAAAAGGUUGUAAAGGUGCUGGAUGAAAAAUAGGAAAAAUAUCUCACUGCAUCAACUGCUUCCUGUAUAGUUCAUUUUAUCAUAGACGUCUAAAGUUGCGAUUAUUAGUUAUUAUUAAAAUGGCAACUAUCUGUCAUGACAGUAAAUAUAAUUUUGCUGGUCACACAAAACAGGACAUUGUGCUCAGCUAUAUGAUAACAGGCAUUUUAACAGUUUUCUAUGGUGAUUUGUUUGAUAAGGUUGAUUUACUAAGAAAGAAAAGGGGCUGCAAGGGAUAUGUUGUGGCCCUGCUUUGUUGCAGCUGUAGAAUAAUGUAGAUCUGGACAAUUCAUUUUUUUAAGUUAUGAAACCAGGAGUUAUUGACACAGUGUGCACACCUUUACUCUUUUUCUGACCUAUUUUUAGCUUCCAGUCCUUAUUUCAAUAGCGGUGCUCAUUUGAAGGUUUAAAAUAUAAAGGCAAAUUCAUUAUUAAAAUCAGCCUGAUAUCGCUAAAGUAAAUUAUAUUUUUUCGUUUGGUGAUUUUCUUACAUCAGGGGAACUAGCCACACCUUUUGGUGUGACAUCAUGGAGUCCAGAUAUUUAACGAUAAACAACAACACGUCCCCAGAAACAAGCAACCUGAUUCUGAAAUACUUAAAACAUUACCAAUAACCUAGAGUGAGGAUUAAAAUGUGGACUUAUUCCUUUAAUGUUAUUCCAGAAGCUGUUUUUUUAUUAUACAUGCCAUAAACAGUGGUGACUUUUUCCAAUUCAUUAUUAUUAAUUUUAUUUUCACCACUGUGACAAUGUGGCACCUCUGUUCCAACCAGCAGACCACCCGUCCCUGUCCCAGCUCUCCAUGACUCUGUAUCAUUCUGGCACUAUAGGUCUGUAUAGCCUUGUUCUUUACUACUGAAUCCUCAACUCUGUACAGAAGAGGAGAAUAUGAUCGCAUGGAACCCUUUUACUGUAAUAAUAACCUAUACAAUAUAUAAUAGUUUUCGUUUUUGAUGACUUCAUUGAAAUCAACUCACCGACCAGAGAGACUUCCAAAAAAAGAACAUUGUUUAUUUUGCUUUGAGCACGUUUUUUUCUUUUAGUUUUUUUUUUGUUGAAUAUUAAAGCUGUGUCUUCAUUGUUCCCGUUUGGUUUUUACAGUUUCUGGGGUUUUGUGUCUUUUACUGUAGGGAUAAAAGAAUCUGAUGUUAUCAUGUUAAAGAUAGACAAGAAUCACACUUACGCUAAUCAAUGAUGAGGACGCUGAUCUUUUCAGUGAUAAUUGUCCAGUGUGAGAAUGUUCAGGAUCUUGUGAAUGAACUGUGUCUGGUUUACACUGAUGCGAUAAGCAGUGAUGAUUCCUGGCUUAUGAAGUUUUACGACUAUACAUUGAAGGGUUUGGUGUGGAUGCAGGCUCUGGAGACCUGCGACAAUCCAGCAUGGUUCUCAGUCAAUCUACCAUCAAUAAAUCAUUAACCCCCCGCCCUCACUAACAGUGUAGGAGUGAUCAGUUUCAUAUCAGUAACAUCUAAAUAGUAUAGUUCCUUUUGCCUUUGUGUGUACAGACAAGUAAACAGUCUCUAGAGCCUGAGUUCCACCUCUGAGAAAUUAAAAGGAUUCUCUGUAUUGCCUUGUUAAUAUUAAUUGUGGACACAUAAUUUUAUAAAUGACAAAGACGUGGAAAUAAAGAUUAUUUAUCUUGUUAUUUA